AUGAAGGUCGGGCUUAUAUAAGUAAUUUUUUUUUAUUAAAUUUUUUAGCAAAGACAGUAACACGGUUAAAUUAAUGUCUUCAUAAGUUCAUAUAUAUCGAUCGUGGCUAUUAUGCGAUAUAAGGAUAUGCUACCGACUUAUAUCUUGGGAUUUCCUACUUAAAGAAUUCACCAACUGGACUAUAAUCUCACCAAAAACCACCAGUCACUCCUUUGA